AUCUCAGAGCUAAAGAAGAGAGCUGCAGUAAAAGCAGCAGCAGCACGGGCCCCGGUGUGUGCAUGUCGAUUUGGCAUGAUCGGAGGGCCGGAUUUUUUACAUUCUACGGAAUAUAUUUUGCUCGACAAGUGUCUGAACAUUUUAGAGUGUAAAGUUGGCCAUCAAAUGGUACUAUCACUCCAUCAGACGUGCGAGUGCUGCACCUCCAAAGGUGUUCAGUUUUGUUGCAACCACACCUGGAUCAUCAUGCUGUACCGCUUGCAGUCCUGCCUCAAGUAUUUCGCCUUACUGGGUAUUGUGCCCUGGACAGAGACCUGCGGACCGUGUCAGUAUUUUCAAAAGAUAUAUUCCAUAUUUCUAAUGUCCAUAAAUCUGGUGAUAUUCGGUAUGGAGAUCCACAUUCCACAAAAAGAUUCAUUGCUUCUUCCGCUGCUGGUCAGCGCGAUUGUGUUUAUUGCAAAGGUUCUGUGCAUGACGGUUAUCCUGCUGCAGAUGAUGUGCCAGUACGAAGGAUAUUAUGGGCUCUGUAAGGAGUUCCAGCGCGUAAGGGAGCGCCUAGAAGUGCAGCUGAAAAUGGGAGCAUUGUCAUAUCCCCGCAGGCGGUACAUUAAAAUUAUGUUUCUGGGAAUGGCCAGCCUUGGGACAAUAGCUUCCCUGGUUUAUACAUCCUUUAUUGCGAGUUUGAUGUACUUUUGGUCCUCGUGUGUGGCCCUCAUCAUCAUCAGACUGCAGUGUGUGCUGCUCCUGUUUUAUGUGGAUUUAAUGGGUUUUCAUGUGGAGCUCCUGGGCAAACGCAUACGGGAUGUGCUGCACUGUCACUCGUUGGGUGGAAAUUGCGUCCCGGAUGGCAAUUGCAAGCAGCUGCGUUCCCUGGAAUUUCUCCUCGAACUUAAACAAAGCCACAUGGAGGUCUUUGAUCUUUUCAGUCACUUUAAUGAUCUUUUUGGCUGGUCAAUUUUGAGUAUAUUCGUGGUGAUGUUCAUGGAUGGCACGGUGAAUAUUUACUGGACCCAACAGGUCCUAGCUGGUGUAUAUGGACUGGUAUAUCUCAAUGCCACAUUCUCGUUUUCUGCGCCAUCGCUGGCUCUAAUAUUUGCUUUCUGUCGCUGUGGGGAGUACUGCAAGAGGCAGCAAAUGCUGAUCGGCAGCUAUGUUCGGGGAUUGGCAUACGGCACUCCUUCCCUUCAGCAGUCGAAGGAACCCGCGUACACUGAACUGUUGACUGAAUUUACCCUGCAAGUGGAGCACAAUGUAUUGGCCAUUAAUGCCGAGGGCUUUAUGGUCAUUGAUAAUUCCCUGCUCAUGUCGAUGUUUGCGGCAAUGGUUACCUAUUUGAUUGUUUUAAUGCAAUUCAGUGCAUCGUAGAAAAAUUGAUGGGAAACAUGUUUGUGGACUUAGAACUCUUUAAAGUCCACUUGUUCAUUCACUUCAUUGCCUCGUAAAGAAACGCCUACGAAAAUCAUACUUAAAAAUAAAAUAAAUGUUAAAUUAGAUCCUUAAAACCUGGCUAAAAGCAUUAUUCUCAAGUAUUUAAGUGCCUCGUAAGUUUAAAUCACGGAAAAUAAUGUUUAAAACUAAAAUAAAAGAUUAUUUUAACCC